GUAUGCUGUUACCAGGAAGUGUAGGACGCGUCGAAUAAUGCUUACACUGCGCUGUAUUUGUGUUUGGACUUUACUUACUUGAAUUAUGGACAUAGACAAGUAACUUUUCUGUGAACAAAACGCAACCGUUUAAAAAUAUUUAAACGCUAAUUUACAAUUCCUGAUGUUAAGUCGACAGUUUGUAGGGGAGCGUCAACAGCGGCGACUAACCGAGUGUGUCCGCAUAGCGGCGCAGCUCUAAAGCUAGUUGUUACCGCCCUGAAAUAUUAUGCAAUACAAACUUUUUUCUCUACAUAAAAGAUCUUUCUGAUUAGAAAAUAUGGUUACUACAGUCUUGGGAGUCGGCACAGGGGUUUUUGUCGUUGCUGCUGUUUGGAUUGUGGCUCUGAUUCUUUGGAUGAUCCUUCUUCGAGCAUCUGGAUCAUUAAAGUUGGGAGUUAUCCCCGUUUUCCUCUUGGCUCUCACCAUCACCUUGGCACUGGUGUUUUUCCCUCGGACUCCAGAGACCCGACCUCCUUUCAAAGAGAUAGAGAUAGUGGACAGUCUGUUCAUCGCUCGCUACGUGCUGCUAGCUUUAGUAAGUGUUAUCUUUCUCAUGGCGUUGUUCAUGCUGCUCCCCUUUCAUUUUCUGGAGCCCAUCUAUGCUAAAGCUUUGAGAACACACUAAAGUUGGCACUUGAUCAAAUCCGUGAUGUAAACAACCUUGAAGAGGACCCAGCAGGAGGCCCACAAUCAGACACUUCCCCAUGGUCUACUUUUGGUGUGCCUUACAUCAUUAGGUUUGAUUUUUUUCAACCACUUUUAUCAAAUGUCUCAAAGUAUUACAUGCCAUGCAUUAAUGAAUAAAUGUAUAUCUCAGACA